AGACAGCAGAUGAGAAGAAACUCAGAGAAACUCAGGCUGACGACGUAAGUCUCAUGUGGAUUUGAUGCUUUCCUCUUAUAUUAACUCUGUUUUAACUUCUUAUUUCAUUUAACUUUCUGGUUUUGCCAAUGUUGAAUUUAUUUAGUUUCUUUUAUCCAUUUAACCUGUCAUACAGUAUGUCAUGUUUGUAGUGUUGUCUCCUCUUUUUGCUUACUUUUAUUUACUUUAUGUAUCUAACACUUUGUUGCUGUAACUGUUGGUACGCCCCAUGUCUAUAAUGCAUUACAAACAUACUUAUAACAAUAUAGAUAUUGUGCUUAUAGCACUGUGUAAUUAUAGUUAUAAGAAGUCAUGUAUAUGACUUAAAAGGUCAAGUAUCAUAAUACUUCAUAAUUGCUUGUCUCUGACUCACUUUUCAAGGAUCAUAGUGUGUUAUAAUUCUCUACUCGUCAUACAUUAUGAUCAUUUCAUAAUGCAUUAUGAUCAUUUCAUAAUGCAUUAUGAUCAUUUCAUAAUGCAUUAUGAUCAUUCCAUAAUGCAUUAUGAUCAUUCCAUAAUGCAUUAUGAUGUGUUUACUCUUGGGUGAAGAAAUGAGGUAUCGGCGGACAUGAUGCAUUACAAGCUGCUUAUAGGUCACUAUGGACGUUGUUUCAUAUCAAUAAAUCUAUACGAGAACGACACACAAAACGUUGUAAAACUAAUGAUGCUGUAUGUAGUAAAACAAUUAUGAAGUAUUAUGACCUUAAGUCAUUAAAGUGCUUUAUAAUUUUUUAUGAUUAUUGCAUUAAGAGUUAUGAAUAUUUAUGACUCAUGACUAUCAUUAUACAGAGCAAUUAGCAGAUAAUAACACACUACUAGUAUGUUUAUAAUGCAUUAUUGACGUGGGUGUCAUUAACAGUGUUAACCAACUGUUAUAUAAAAAGUAUAAUAGGCCUGAAAAAUAAAGGUCCUCUAGUGGAUGAAAAUAUGGAUAUGCUCACAUAUUUGUUGGUGUUUAUGGGCUCAGUUUAGUUAACAGUUAUGCUCCAAUUCUGAAUUUGAGAGCAAUACAAAUUGCUCUGCCUCUAUGCAGUACAUUUCUCUGUGUUGGGGCCGUGGCUGAGUUCACUGUAAGUCAAUGCGCACCACCUAGCAGACACUUGGUAGAACCCACAGACUGGCCAAUCACCCGACGACACGCUGCUUUAAGCAUCACUCAGGUUCCUUCCUCUUGCUUCUCCCCGUUAGAGAGUUUCUUUUGGGGGAGUUUUUCCUGAACCGAUGUGAGGGUCCUGGGAAGGAAGGUGUUGUAUGUGAGCAGAUUUACUUCUAUGAGAGAGAAAUUUACAGUACUUUAUAUUCCAAGACAAAACCUUGGGACAGUUGGAACCAGUUUCCUUAAACAAAAGUAAUGAAGACAGAUCUCACCAAAGCAGCAGAAAGCACCAUGAUACAUUAAAGGACCAGUGUGUAGCAUUUCGGGGGGAACUAUUAGCAGACAUGUAAUAUCAUAUUUUCAUUAGUUUAUAAUCUGCACUCACCGGCUCAGGUUACCGCAGUCUUGGAAAGGGAGGGGUGAACUGAGGGGUGUUCAGUUGGUUGCAAUCUGCAACCGCACCGCUAGAAGCCACCAAAUCCUACGCACUGUCCCUUUAACUCAGUUGCCGAUACAGUAGGUGGUUUCUGAGCUGGUAACCUAAUGAACCAUGCGUAUAGGCCUAGUUUUGUACUGAACUGAACGGAACAGCUCGAACUACAAAGAGACUGAACUGAACUGAAGACAGUUGUAAGCAGCACCUACAUACUGCUAUUGCUUAUUGAUGUGGAGACCGUAGUGCAUUUGAAUGCUUAUUUAAACUAGAAUUACCGCCUUGCAGUUGUAUGCGUCCACCAAAAAAGUCAUGUUGCAGUUUACAAAAUGUCAUAUCCUGUACGCUGCAACUCGCAAUGCAGACUGUGUUUUGCAUUUCACUCACAGGAAAUCCCCUUCCUGUACUGAAUCAGGCCAGUGUGCUGCUGUGAAAAGGGUACACCCAAUAUGAAUCUGUGUGAGGAGGGAGAGGAGGAUGUCCCGCCUUCUAAAGUCUCUCUCUCUGUGCAAAAUGUCAGCCAGACCAAAGCUAAGAGGCCAGUUCAGCAGGAGACACCAGACUCCCCUGAGCCCAGCGGUGUGUCAAUGACGAGCGACCGCUCCAUUACUGAACCCUUAGCCUUCAGAGAUGGAAGUCACUCUACAGAGCAGAGAGUCGAGAAGGAGACACCAGACUCCCCUGAGCCCAGCGGUGUGUCGAUGAAGAGCGACCGCUCCAUUGCUGAACCCUUAGCCUUCAGAGAUGGAAGUCACUCUACAGAGCAGAGAGUCCACCAGGAGAGGUCCGAGGUUACCAUCACUCACUCUGACAGUGAACACAAUGAGGCAGAUCUGGCCUCCAUAUUCAUGCUUCUGGAGGAGAACGUCAUCACUUUUGUGAAGACUGAGCUGAAGAAGUUCCAGGGAGUUCUUAGUCCAGAUUACCCAGAGUGCUUAGAGAGGCAGAAGAAGGAUGAGGAGGUGGUGGAUGGUGAAGAGGAAGAACAGAGGAAAAGCAGCAGAGGGGCACUUUUAAAGAUCGCACUGCAUUUCUUGAGGACAAUGAAGCAGGAGGAGCUGGCUGACUCUCUACACAGCAGAACUCUUGCUGCAGAGCCCCAAAAUAAACUCAAACUAAACCUGAAACAGAAGUUCCAGUGUAUGUUUGAGGGAAUUGCUAAAGCAGGAAACCCCACACUCCUGAAUGACAUCUACACAGAGCAAUACGUCACAGAGGGAGGAAGUGGAGAGGUCAAUGAUGAACAUGAGAUCUGGCAGAUUGAAACAGCAGCCAGGAAAUCAUCAAGGCCGGAAAUUCUGAUUGCAUGUGAAGACAUCUUCCAACCAUUACCCGGCAGGGAUCAUCAACCAAUCAGAACAGUGCUGACAAAGGGAGUGGCUGGCAUUGGGAAAACAGUUCUAACACACAAGUUCACUCUGGACUGGGCUGAAGGUAAAUCCAACCACAACAUUCAGUUCACGUUCCCAUUCACUUUCAGAGAGCUGAAUGUGCUGAAAGAGAAACAGUACAGCCUGGUGGAGCUUGUACAUCACUUCUUUACUGAAAUCAAAGAAGCAGGGCUCUGCAGGUUUGAAGAGUUCCUGGUUCUGUUCAUCUUUGACGGUCUGGAUGAGUGUCGACUUCCUCUUGACUUCCGCAACAAUGAGAUCCUGACUGAUGUUACAGAGUCCACCUCAGUGGAUGUGCUACUGACAAACCUCAUCCAGGGGAAACUGCUUCCCUCUGCUCGCCUCUGGAUAACCACACGACCUGCAGCAGCCAAUCAGAUUCCUCCUGAGUGUGUAGGCAUGGUGACAGAGGUGAGAGGGUUCAAUGACCCACAGAAGGAGGAGUACUUCAGGAAGAGAUUCAGAGAUGAGGAGCAGGCCAGCAGAAUCAUCUCCCACAUCAAAACGUCACAAAGCCUCCACAUCAUGUGUCACAUCCCAAUGUUCUGCUGGAUCACUGCUUCAGUUCUAGAACAUGUGUUGAGAGCAGAUGAGAAUAGGGAGUUACCCAAGACCCUGACUGAGAUGUACAUCCACUUCCUGGUAGUUCAGUCCAAAGUAGGGCACGUCAAGUAUUGUGGAGGAGCUGAGACAGAUCCACUCUGGAAUUCCAAGACCAGCAAGAUCAUCAUGUCUCUGGGAAAACUGGCCUUUGAGCAGCUGCAGAAAGGCAACUUGAUCUUCUAUGAGUCAGAUUUAACAGAGUGUGGCAUUGAUAUCAGAGAAGCCUCAGUGUACUCAGGGGUGUUCACACAGAUCUUUAAAGAAGAGAGAGGGUUGUACCAGGACAAGGUGUUCUGUUUUGUCCAUUUGAGUAUUCAGGAGUUUCUGGCUGCUCUUUAUGUCUUUGUGACAUUCAUCAAAGCUGGUGUCAACCUGCUGUCAGAACCACAAUCAAGUUCCUGCUGGCCCCAGCUGUCAUGGGAGAAAUCAAAGGUAAUUCCGCUGUACAAAAGUGCUGUAGACAAGAUCGUGCAGAGUCUAAAUGGACAUCUGGACUUGUUUCUUCGCUUCGUACUGGGGUUUUCACUGCAGACCAAUCAGACCCUUUUGCAAGAACUGCUGACACCAUCAGGAGGCAGCUUCCAGAACUAUCAGGAAACGGUCAAAUACAUCAAGAGGAUGAUCAGGAGGAAUCCGUCUCCAGAGAGGUGCAUCAACCUGUUCCACUGUCUGAACGAGCUCAAUGAUCAUUCUCUGGUGGAGGAGAUCCAACAUUACUUGAGUUCAGGAAGCCUCUCCACAGACAAACUUUCUCCUGCUCAGUGGUCAGCUCUGGUCUUCAUCUUGCUGUCAUCAGAAAAAGACAUGAAUAUGUUUGAUUUGAGGAAAUACUCUGCUUCAGAGGAAGGUCUCCUGAGGCUGCUGCCAGUGGUUAAAUCUUCGAGAAUAUCCUGCCUGAGAGACUGUAAGCUGUCAGAGAGAAGCUGUGAAGCUCUGGCCUGUGUUCUUGUAUCCAAGUCCUCCAAUCUCAGAGAGCUGGACCUGAGUAACAAUGACCUGCAGGAUUCAGGAGUAAAGCUGCUGUUUGCUGGACUGCAGAGUCCUCUCUGCAGACUACAAACUCUACAGUUGAGUGGCUGUAACUUGUCAGAGAAAAACUCUGAAGCUCUGGCCUCAAUCGGUUCCCAGCCCUCCAGUCUGAGAGAGCUGGACCUCAGUAACAAUGACCUGCAGGAUGCAGGAGUGAAGCUGCUUUCUACUGGACUGGCAAAACCACACUGUAGACUGGAAAUUCUACGGUUGUCAGGCUGUCAGGUCACAGAGGAAGGCUGUGCUUCUCUGGCCUCAGCUCUGAGCUCCAACCCCUCCCAUCUGAGAGAGCUGGACCUGAGCUACAACCAUCCAGGAGACUUGGGGGUCGAGCUGCUCUCUUCUUUACUGGAGGAUCCGCAUUGGAGACUGGACACUCUCAGUGUCGACCAUGGUGGACGACAUCGCUUGAAACCGUUCAUGUAUGUCUGUGAACUCACGCUGGACCCAAACACAGCGAACACUAAGCUCUCUCUGUCCGACGACAACAAAAAGGUGACAGAGGUGAAAGAGGAGCAGCCGUACCCCGAUCACCCGGAGCGAUUCCACCACUGGAAGCAGGUUCUGUGUCGAGAUGGUUUGACCGGGUGCUGCUAUUGGGAGGCGGAGUGGAGAGGAUGGGUCAACAUUGGAGUGACGUACAAAGGAAUCAAAAGGACAGGGGAGUGUGAAGAGGGUUGUCUUGGUGAGAACAACAAGUCCUGGGGCCUCUUCUGUUCUGCUAAUGGUUACUCUGCCUGUCACGAUAAGAGGACGACAGACAUACGAGGUACCCGUGCCUCCGUCAGCGCUGGCAGAGUAGCAGUGUAUCUGGACUGGCCCGCCGGCGUUCUGUCCUUCUACAGAGUCUCCACCGACACACUGAUCCACCUCCACACCUUCCACUGCACAUUCACUGAACCCCUCUAUCCCAUGCUCAGGUUUCAGUUAAGGUCCUCGUCUGGUUCUUCCGUGUCUCUGUGUAAGAUUGAAGGGGAGCAAUCAGCUCCAGUGUAGAGAAAGACCCACAGUGCUUCUGAAGCUGAAUGCUAAAUAUCAAGAGGUCAAGGUUAUUUAGAUGCAUUGAUGUAGUAGUUACGGAUGUUUGAAAUCAAAUGUGUUUUGCUGAUCCUGAGAGAUUAUAGUUCAAUAUCCUUUAAGUAUGAAAUUGGUUUCACUGUGGUUCAAGUCAGGGCCAGAGUUUUGCUUUCAAAGGUGGGGGAGGGACACAGUUAUUAGUUCAGGCACAAAUCCUCUUUGACAUGCAAAGUGUGGUGGAAAAUUUCUAGGUUAAUCGGGAGGAGAGAGUUUAUGUUCUCAAAUCAAUAAUGAAGUCAUCAGAAGAUUC